CGGUUUGACGCGGGACCAGCGAAGUCGGUGUCAGAGCUGUUGGAAGUGCGGGUCGCGUAACUCUCGAAGUCCAAAUCCGAUCGCGGUUGGUAUUGUCCAAUUAGCUGACGUCUAUCUAAAACCAAACGCUAGUUGGAAAUACUCGAAUUGGCGUACACUUAGUGCUCGUGUUUCCCAAAUACGAAUAAGGCCCAUAUUUCAUUUUUGGAUACCACACUGCAAUCGGUAUUGAAGAGACGACGACUUUCGGGUGCGUGUGAUCAUUAUUUGUUACUCAAUAAAAGGGUACAUACAGAAACGGCGGAGAGCCGAUGAUGUCGUGGAUGCUCAUAUAAAAAGGUCUUAAUAGGUAAACAAGCGGUGCCCCGAGAGACAAGAAAGGAUGUCUUGCAAUCUAGUCACUGCGUUGGUUCUGGGCUUGGCUGCAGUAGCCAUAGGACAAUCGAAUUAUGCUAAUCAAGCUAAUAACAUCGAAUACAUCGGCGAUGGCUUACCAGAACAAGCAACAUUGGACGGGAAAGUCACCAAAUUGGACGACCUCAGUCCCGUGAUUUUUCUUAACCGCACCAAGGCCACUCUCAACUGUGCAGCAGGUUCGAUGCAGGUCGAACUCAAAUUUAACGAUAAAUUCUUUGGCAUUGCUUACGCUGACUUUGACAGAAAUUCAGCCUGUCAAAUAGCUGGAAAAGGAAACAAUAGUUACAAAAUUGAUUUGCCAUUGAAAGGAUGCGGAACAAAACAAGAUCCUCAACGUGUGUUCACAAACAACAUCGUAGUGAGGUUCCACCCCGGUUUAGAAAUGGACGGUGAUGAGAUUAUCACUAUUGUAUGCAGAUAUCCACCACCAAUCACGCCAAUACCAGCUGGACUUCCAAGCUUCAUUCAAGAUUCAUUAGUUCCAAAUCCAGUGGUGGAGCCACCGCUGAAAGGAUUUCAAAUUCUUUUAAUAAUCUGCGCAAUUCUCUUCUUAUCCUUGCUCCUAUUAGGUUUGGGAUGUUCCUAUUAUUGUUUACGGAAACGUCAUGUCACUGUCAUCAGGCAUCCAUUUAGCUCAGUAGGAAGUGGUUCCGAAAUAACCAAACUUUCUGGAAGUUCAUUAGGAAAUCUUUCGAUGUUUGAUGGUUUGAAAAUUCCUCGUGCUCAUGUUCCUGUUGCUGCUGCUCCAAGUAGUUCAGGAAGCGAUGGUCCACUUAUUAGUGAUACAUUGCCAUCUGAUUACCCAUCUGAAUCUCAUUCGGAAAUAGAAGACGUAGACACGCGUUCACUGCCAGCUUCUUCCGCAGGUAGUUUCGAAAAUAAAGCAUUCGUUCAAGACAACAGUAGUUUUUAUAGCGAGGGUUAUGGUCAUACGCAAGAACACAGCGCGCACAACGCUAUUGCCACGCAAGGUAUGGUUCCCAGACUUCCAAUUGCAAUCAAGGAUCAGCCACGAUUUGAUGUACAAGUCCGUGUUAAGGAUAUGGCACCACGUCCACCAUCCAGUCUUAAUUUAUCAGAUUCAGAGAGCUCCAUUGCUAGAACUGAGAGGAAUCUUUCCACUAUUUUGGAGCAAAGAGAAGAGAGUGUAAGGUCUUUGGAAUCACCAGCUAUGGCUGAAAGGACUCAAUUUACAUAUAUUCCGGAAUUACAUCCACCUCCGAAACACGUACAACCUGCUCCAACAUACAAUAGAAUUUUACGAAGGCAACAGGAACUUCACGAACCAGCUAGAUCGAUUGCUUCGUUAAAUACGGAGAUGACUGAUACCCACUCGAUUACCGAAAUUAUGGAUGACUCUCAUAACAGAUUUGUAGCACCUGCUCCACCACCACCUCCACCAAUCAUUCCGAAACAAACAACGAUGCGCUCGCAUGCUGUAAUACCGUUGGAACCACCAAUCGCAGCUGUACACAAGCCGGAAAUUUCAUCUCACGUUGUUGAUGAUGUUUUCUUACGUACAAUUACAGAGAAGAGAACUAUCGAAGAUAUUGAACGCCAUAAACGCUUGAUCACCGAAUAUCAUAGCAGAGCUAGACCUGUAGAAGACCAGAAAUGGGAUGUUACAAUUAAAAAUUAUCCGAUCGACAUGCCGGAACCGCCAGAAUGGGAAAACUUCUCAGAUAUUUCUUCGGCUUCUGGAUUAACAUUAACUCCUAAAUUUGAACGCGCUGUCAUGAGUCUUCCGCCGCAAACGAUUCAAGACAAUAAGCUUCCAUUGAAUGCUCCCGAAUUAGUAGGAAACUUGAGCCAACCGAAACCAACUUCUUAUUUAUCCACAUACAAUAUCCCAGUUGAAAAUCCUGAAGUCCCUAAUUGGAACGUAUUGAUCCGUGUCUUCCAGCCGGAACAAGAGGAAGGUCCAGUCAUUGAAAGUGCCGAGACGUUCAACUCGCAAUUAACUCAUUCCGAUAAAAUUAAAUGGCGCCAAGUUAUAACAACUGAAUCGACUCUACGAACCUUAUUAACCGAGGCUGUAGUCCGCGAGGACUUCGAAAGGAUCCGCAUGGAUCACCGAUACGAGCAACUUUUCGAACCGCAAAAGUGGGAUGUAAUUAUUCGUAUAUUGACGCCCAUCGAUAAACCCAAAUCCCAAAGCAGAUUUAGAAAGAAGAACGAAUGGGACACUCGCAGCCGCCGCUCGAGUCUUCCAACAUUGUACGAAUACGAUUCUGAUGGUGGCAGUUCGGCUAGAACAUUAACAGCCGAACCAAUGCUUCAGCCACAUUUACCACCGAGAUCAAGGAAAACAUCUCGGUCCAGUUACAGAAGUGAAGCGGAUUUGCGAUCAAUGUCUGAAAUGAUUGUAGACUUUGGUCGUAUGGAUCACGGUGAUAGCCAGUCGGAGGUAUCCAGCUAUUAUCCAUCCAGAUAUUACGAAGAUUCCGAGCACGAAAUGGGAUCGCAUCAUCCAUCUCUGGCAAGAUCAUUGAGCCAGCCUAGCUUGGCGCGUUCCGCAAGUGAAUUCACAGAAAGAUGGAUUGCUCCGUCUCGUUAUGACACCGCGAGUGAAUUCACAACACCAGAAGGGACUCCUAAGUCCCAAAGAAGCACUCGUAUGGGUAUGGGUGGUGCGCAUUCCUCAUGGCAAACGAGCCAAAUGAUCCAUCACCAGAUGCCAGGCGCAUCCGCUCAAAUCCGCUCGCAGGAAUACAGAAGCGAAGCAACCACAAGCUUUAUGGGUCCGCCACCACCCAAGAAUUGGUUCACCGACAAUUACAGUGAUGCAAGCUACAAGUAACUGCCAAUUUCUUGACCAUGUAUUAUUACAUACUGCCCCAAUUUUAAGUAAUGCAAUAUUAUUAAAUAUAAUUUAAAAGUGAAAACAAAUACACGACCCGUGUUGUACGGCUUUUGCGCAAUUUCAUUAUUCCUAAAACGCUAGAAAUUGUGCAAAAAUCGCAUAUAUUGAGAAGUGAAUUAAUUUUUAGUAACUAGCUGUGAUAACCGAAAAUUUAUUAUAUAUUUUAUAUU